CUUUUCCAGUUACAGCAUGGGCUGUAUAAAAUAGGCUUAAUAUAAACAAUUUAAAGUUUAUUCAUUUAUUUGGAUGGUUCUUUUUAUAUUACACAUUGCUCCAAAGUAGUUCAGAUAUCAGGACUGUUUCUGAUUUUGUGCAGGACUUAGAAACUGCCCUGACUGCCAAACUAGGUAUUCGGUGUGACUGAGAAUAAUAACUUUGAUGCACUCAAUUAUGUGAGGUGAGGCAAACAUACUGUAUUCAUCUUUAGAGUGGUUUCAGGCUUGUUUUAGUUAUGCCAUGUUUUGAAAUGUCUAUGCGUUUAUAUAGACCCUAGGAAUGUGUAUUAUUAGCUAAUUCUGAAUCUCCCUCCCAUAGGUUCGGCCUCUCUUACACAUUUUUCACAAUUCAGUUUUUGCAUUUGUUUUGGUCCAUUGGCACUUCAUACCCAAGCUGAAAUUAUUGUCUUGCUGUGAAUUAAACUGAAAGUAACUAAACAGACACAAAGGCAGUGUGCCUUUUUUUCAAAGUUGAUCGGAAGUAGAUCUGAAAGAGCUGUUAUACAGGAAGUAGAGGUCCUGAGUCUGUAGAUGUGAAAGAACUGAAGCAUGUGCAGGUGGAAAACCGUAUGCAAAACACAUCUUUGACACAUUCACUGCAUGGAUUUUUAUCUGCAUGACAACAUUUUAUAGGUUCAUACUGCAUAUUUUCUGCAUAUAAUGGUAAAUAUUCUUCACCCGGUCAUUAUUGAUCAUUAUUAUGAAAAUUUAAACACUUUUCACCUAUAUCAAACAUUCUUGUCUGCUGCUAAACAGUAAGCUUAACAUUUAUUUUGAUGUGUUUAAUUAAAAACUAAAUAAACUAAAAAUAAAAAAUAAAAUGUAAAAGCACCAAGCACUCAAAUGACAAAAAUACACAUUACUGAAAGUUUAACUCAAAUUAAAAUAUGUAUAAGUAACUUUGCAAGUAUGUCAAUUUAUUCUACUAAUCCUACCCAAACAGUCUACUAAUAUUCUAAUGAAAAUAAGUUGACAUAGUUACAAAGUUGGACCAUCGUGGACUAUUGAAAUAAAGUGUAAGCAAUAUAAAAAUUAGAUUUAAUUCAAAUUAUUACCAAAUAAUAGUAUAUCAGUGAACAGUGCUGCAAAUAAAUAUGCAUAUGCAUAAAUGCAUAUUUUUACAGUCUAGCAUACUGGUAAUGUUUUCCACAUGAGGGCACUUUGAAGGGAUAUUUCAUCAAAAAAAAAAAAAAAAAGGAAAUUAUCUCAACAUUUACUCACCUUCAAUUUACAAACCUGUAUGAAUUUCUUUCCUGUGUUGAACAUAAAAGAAGAUAUUUCGAAUAAUGUUGGUAACCAAACAGUUGCUGGUCCCCAUUGACUUCCACAGUAUGAAAAAUAAAUAAAUAAAUAAAAACUAUGUAAGUGAAUGGGGAUCAACAACUCUUUGGUUACUCACAUUCUUUGAAAUAUCUUCUUUUAUGUUAAAACACACACGCACACGUCUGGUUUGCUAUCCUUGUAGGGACUCUCCAUAGGCGUAAUGCUUUUUCUACAGACUGUAUAUUUUAUUGCCCUACACCAACCCUACACCUACACCUACCCCUUACAGGAAACUUUGUGCAUUUUUAGAUUUUCAAAAAAACACCAUUUAGUAUGUUUUUUAAGCCUUUUGAAUUACGGGGACAUAGGCAGUGUCCUCAUAAACCACCUUCAAAUUGUAAUACCUCUGUCAUACCCAUGUCAUUAUACAAAUUUUGUCCCCGUAAACCACAAAAACCAGUACACACACACACUAAGUAGCUAUAUCAGGGGUUCCCAAACCUGUUUCUGGAGAUCUACCUUCCUGCAGAGUUCAGUUCCAACCCUGAUCAAACACACCUGUCUGUAAUUAUCAAGUUCUCCUUCAGAUCCUAAUUAGUUGGUUCAGUUGUGUUUGAUCAGGGUUGGAGCCGAACUCUGCAGGAAGUUAGAUCUCCAGGAACAGGGCUGGGCACCCCUGAGCUAUAUGAUGAUGACAGAAUUUUCAUUUUUGGGUGAACUAUCCCUUUAAAUCUGUGAAUGUAAGUUAAACAACAAGUGAGUCACAGCUUACAGACACACCUUUUUGCACACCGCACACACAAGCAAAGAACCAGGAAAUAUCUCAGUUUUGAGAUAACGAAACUUGUCGAGCGAAGUUGCUGAACUCUUAUAUGUGUUUCUUCUGUUUCUGUGCACAUGUGGUGAAAUGGCAGAAGCCAGCAUUUUAUGGUCUCAGGACCAGUUCACUUGUCCAGUGUGUCUUGAUCUUCUAAAGAAUCCAGUGACUAUUCCCUGCGGACACAAUUACUGUAUGACAUGUAUUUCGGACUGCUGGAAUCAUCAGGAUCAGAAGACUUUCUACAUCUGCCCUCAAUGCAGACAGAAGUUCACUCCGAGACCUGCUUUAAAUAAAAACACCAUGCUGGCUGAAGUGGUGGAGAAACUCAAGACGACUAAACUACAAGCUGCAGUUCCCACUGACACUGGACCUGGAGAAGUAAAGUGUGACGUCUGUACUGAAACAAAACUCAAAGCCGUCAAGUCCUGUUUAGUGUGUCUGAACUCUUACUGUCAAAGCCACCUUGAACAGCAUGAGAGUUUUUUUAAAGAUAAGGGACACUAUUUGAUAGAUGCCACAGGACGAUUCCAGGAGAUGAUCUGCUCUCAACAUGGUCGACUGCUAGAGGUUUUCUGCCGCACUGACCAGCACUGUAUUUGUAUGCUGUGUACGAUGUAUAAACAUAAAAACCAUGACACUGUCUCAGCUGCAACAGAGAGAACAGAGAAAGAGAGAUACUUGAAAAACAUACAGGUAAAGUACCAGCAGAGAAUCCAUGAGCGAGAGAAGGACAUCCAGGAGCUGAGAGAUGCUGUUGAAUCUCAUAAGCGCUCUGCACAGGCAGCAGUGAAGGAAAGUGACAUGAUCUUUUCUGAGCUGAUUCGCUCCAUUAAGAAAAACCGCUCUGACGUGACACGGCUGAUCAGAGAUCAGGAAAGAGCUGUGGUGAGUCAAGCUGAAGGACUCUUGGAGCGACUGGAGCAGGAGAUUGCUGAUCUGAGGAGGAAAAAUGUUGAUCUGGAGCAACUUGAACACACAGAUGAUCACAUCCAUUUCCUGCAGGGAUUUCAGUAUCUGUCUGCACCUCUUGAAGCUACAGAGAGAAUUACUGUCACAUCACCUCUCUCUGUUAAUGAUGUAAGACAAUCUAUCUGUCAAAUGAGACAGAAAAUAGAGAAGUUCUGUAACGAGGAAAUCAAAAGGAUUUCUGUUAAACACAUCAACAUUGUUCUGAGGACCAGAAAGGACUUCCUACAACAUUCUCAUCAGUUCACAUUUGAUCCAAACACAGUAAAUAAACACAUUCAUCUGUCGGAGAGGAACAGAUUGGCAACGUACACCGACACAGUCCAGCGGUAUCCUGAUCAUCCAGACAGAUUUGAGGUUUAUUAUCAAGUGUUGUGUGGAGAAGGUGUGCGUGGAUGCUGUUACUGGGAGGUGGAGUGUAACGGCGAUGUGGGUAUAUCAGUGUCAUAUAAACACAUCAGCCGCAAGGGAACAAAUACAAAGUGCAUGUUUGGAUACAAUGAUCAAUCCUGGAGUUUGUUCUGCUCCUCUUCCAGAUACUCAUUCAGGAACAAUGAUAUGGAGACUGAUCUGCCUGUUUUCCACAGAUACUCUAGAAUAGGAGUGUACAUGGAUCACAAAGCAGGAACUCUGUCCUUCUAUGGCAUCUCUGACACAAUGACCCUCAUCCAAAGAGUUCAGACCACAUUCACUCAGCCUCUCUAUCCUGGGUUUAGGCUGUACAGUGGAUCGACAGUAAAACUCUGUGAUUUAAUAUAGAAUAGUUCU